AUGCGGAAGCAUUAUCUAGCCAUCCCUUUAGUGGAAAAAGAGACCGAAUUCAGUGGUAAGGUGCCCCCGAGAUUAGCUGAACUACUCCAUGGUUUUGCUGUGUCUAUAUCCAUUUUGUUUGGCCAAAUGGUCUUCAGGGACCUCAAACUGAUUCUAGUGCCCUUAUGCAAACACAAGUCCUAUGUGAACAACCCUCAAACUCACAAAGCACAUAGAAUUGGACAAUCCAAGACAGUCAGAGUGUUCCACUUUAUAACUGAUAACGCUGUAGAAGGAAGAAUAGUGGAACGUGCUGAGAUGAAACUCAGACUGGAUUCAAUAGUCAUUCAGCAAGUAAGACUUGUGGAUCAGAAUCUGAACAAAAUUGGCAAAGAUGAAAUGCUUCAAAUGAUCAGACAUGGGGCAACACAUGUAUUUGCUUCAAUGGAAAGUGAGAUUACUGAUGAAGAUAUUGAUGGUAUUUUGGAAAGAGGUGCAAAGAAGACUGCAGAGAUGAAUGAAAAACUCUCCAAGAUGGGUGAAAGCUCACUUAGAAACUUUACAAUGGAUACAGAAUCGAGUGUUUAUAACUUUGAAGGAGAAGAUUAUAGAGAAAAACAAAAGAUUGCUUUCACAGAGUGGAUUGAACCACCUAAAAGAGAAAGAAGCAACUAUGCUAUUGAUGCCUAUUUCAGGGAAGCUCUUCGUGUCAGUGAACCUAAAGCACCAAAGGCUCCUCGACCUCUGAAACAACCCAACGUUCAGGAUUUCCAGUUUUUUCCUCCAAGUUUAUUUGAAUUACUGGAAAAAGAAAUUCUAUAUUACAUAAAAACUAUUGGGUACAAGGUGACUCGAAAUCCUGACCUACCAAAUGCAGCACAAGCACAAAAAGAAGAACAGCUUAAAAUUGAUGAAGCUGAACCCCUAAAUGAUGAAAAAUUGGAAGAAAAAGAGAAGCUUCUAACACAGGGAUUUACCAACUGGAAUAAGAGAGAUUUUAACCAGUUUAUCAAAGCUAAUGAGAAAUGGAGUAGUGAUGAUAUUGAAAAUAUAGCAAGAGAAGUAGAAGGAAAAACUCCAGAAGAAGUUAUUGAAUACUCAGCUGUGUUCUGGGAAAGAUGCAAUGAACUCCAAGAGAAGAUUAUGGCUUAGAUUGAAAGGGGAGAGGCAAGAAUUCAAAGAAGAAUUAGUAUCAAAAAAGCACUUGACACAAAGAUUGGAUGGUACAAAGCACCUUUCCAUCAGCUGAGAAUAUCAUGUGGUACUAACAAAGGAAAAAACUAUACUGAGGAAGAGGAUCAUUUUCUGAUCUGUAUGCUGCACAAACUCGGAUUUGACAAAGAAAAUGUUUGUGAUGAAUUACGACAGUGUAUUCGCAACUCUCCACAGUUCAGAUUUGACUGGUUUCUUAAGUCCAGAACAGCAAUGGAGCUCCAGAGGAGAUAUAACACCUUAAUUACCUUGAUUGAAAGAGAAAAACUGGAACUAGAAGAAAAAGAGAAGUCAGAAAAAAAGAAAAGAGGACUAAAGCCUUCAACUCAGAAACAUAAAAUGCAUGGAGCACCUGAUGGUAGAGGAAGGAAAAAGAAGCUGAAAUUAUGA